GAAAUCCACGAAUCGGAAAGAGCCAAAGCCCAUUUAAGAAGACAAAAGCGACGACCAUCAUUGAUCAUCAAGUCUCGUUUGCCUUCUCCAUUCGGUUUCUUGCCGGUGUUACGAGCAACGUGAUUAUCGUGAUUUCGUAUCUGCGUCGUGUUGGAGUAAUAGUGAUUUCCUCGCAAUGUCGACGGUAGCAAGUCCUUUAGCCGUUGGAGGCAUCAGACAGUCGGGAGCACCGGUUCGAACACAAAAUGUUAUGGCUGCUUGUGCAAUUGCUAAUAUAGUUAAAAGUUCUUUGGGUCCAGUUGGUUUGGAUAAAAUGUUGGUUGACGACAUUGGUGAUGUUACUGUUACCAAUGAUGGCGCAACUAUCUUAAGUUUGUUAGAAGUUGAACACCCAGCUGCACGUGUUUUAGUUGAAUUAGCUCAGCUACAAGAUGAGGAAGUUGGAGAUGGUACUACUUCAGUGGUCAUAAUAGCAGCUGAGCUUUUAAAAAAUGCGGACGAACUAGUGAAGCAAAAGAUACAUCCAACUUCAGUCAUUAGUGGUUACAGGCUUGCUUGCAAAGAAGCAUGCAAAUACAUUCAAGAACAUCUUACUGUCAGUGUGGACGAACUUGGAAGAGACUGCUUAGUUAAUAUUGCAAAGACGUCUAUGUCGAGCAAAAUUAUUGGAGCUGAUGCUAAUUUCUUUGGCAACGUAGUAGUUGAUGCUGCUAACGCGAUAAAAAUCAGCGACGGCAAGGGAGGCUUUUUGUACCCUGUUAAAGCCGUUAAUGUCUUGAAAGCACAUGGAAAAAGUGUGCGAGAGUCUGUUUUGGUGCAAGGAUAUGCAUUGAAUUGCACUGUUGCCUCUCAAGCAAUGCCGAAGAGGAUAUCAAACGCAAAAAUCGCGUGUCUGGACUUUUCUUUGCAGAAAGCAAAGAUGAAGUUAGGCGUUGAGGUACUUGUCACUGAUCCCGAGAACCUUGAGGCUAUUCGUCAGCGCGAGGCAGACAUUACCAAGGAGCGUAUUCAGAAGAUCCUUACUGCUGGAGCUAAUGUCGUUCUUUUAUCUGGUGGCAUCGACGAUUUGUGCUUAAAGUAUUUUGUAGAAGCUAAGACCAUGGCAGUGCGUAGGUGCAAGAAAGCUGAUCUGAAAAGAAUUGCUAAAGCUACAGGCGCGCAAUUUUUAACUUCAUUGACUAACAUGGAAGGAGAAGAGAGCUUUGAUGCUAGUUACUUAGGAGAGGCUGCUGAAGUAAUACAAGAGAUGAUAUGCGACGAUGAGCUUAUUUUGAUUAAAGGACCCAAGGCACGCACAGCAAGUUCUAUUAUUUUACGCGGACCAAACGAUUAUUACUGCGACGAGAUGGAACGUUCAAUACAUGAUGCAUUAUGCGUUGUCAAGAGAGUUUUGGAAAGCAAACACGUUGUUGCGGGUGGAGGUUGUGUGGAAGCUGCACUCUCAAUAUAUCUAGAAAACUUUGCAACGUCAUUGAGCUCUCGAGAACAACUGGCUAUUGCAGAAUUUGCUCGAUCUUUAUUAAUUAUACCAAAAACACUGGCCGUGAAUGCUGCACAAGAUGCAACCGAUCUUGUCGCCAAGUUGCGAGCCUAUCAUAAUUCCAGUAUAACAAAACCAGAUCUUGUUGAUUUGAAAUGGGUGGGUCUUGAUUUACUCGUGGGCAGCAUAAGAGAUAACAAAAAAGCAGGCGUGUUAGAACCAGCCAUUUCAAAAAUUAAAUCUUUGAAAUUUGCUACUGAAGCAGCUAUAACUAUUCUUCGAAUUGAUGAUAUGAUUAAACUAGAUCCCGACCGUUCGAAACAACCUAAAUCUUAUCAAGAUGCUAUGGAAGCUGGCGAAUUGGAAGAUUAAUAUCAAAAUGCAUUUACAUAUUUAUGUUGAAUAUGAUGUUUAUACGAGAAAAAUGUGUAAAAGAUUUGUAAAUGUUUCAUUACGUAUACAAAUAUUACGUGAUAAUAAAGAUUUAAUUACAACUUGCUGCUCGUA